GCGUAUUCAAUUUAUUUGUAAUUAGUGGAACAGGAAAAUAUGAAGAGCAAGAUCUAAAUUGCUAGAAGAGAAAUGUAAGAGGUGAAGGAAGCCCAGUCAUGGCGGACAAGCGAGAUGUGAGGUGGCAAAAUGAGAAAGAGAGUGUCAAAAGCGAGUGUCGAAAAGCGACUGACGCUAGCAUUCCUCUUAGUCUUAUGAGCAAUGCUAGGGGUACUCGCUUUUCGCACUCUCCGCCCGACACUUCCCCUUUCAUUGGGCCACUGGAAGGAAGACCAUGGCCCCCCACCGACACUCCCGAAGGUCCCCACCCUAUGCUUUCUUUGGAAAGGACUUUCCUAUCCUACCCGAUACGCCCUCAAGAUGAUAUUUCCUUUUCUCUCAUGAUCAUUCUAUCCAAAACAUCUUCAAUCUUCCCUCUAUGGAGUUGGGAUUCAGAGUCGGCUUUCUCUUUUUUGUUCUUGUCUUUCCAUUAUGUAUCAACAGCAGCGAUGCCCAUCAAGACUACAGUCAGUUCCUCCUCGCCAAUGGUGUUGCUCGAACUCCUCCAAUGGGUCGGAAUAGCUGGAAUCGCUUUCAAUGUAAUAUACGUGAGAGGAUUGUAAGGAUACUGGUAUGCCUCUGCAUUUCUUACCCUGUCAUUUUCUCGAACACUUCGUGGACUCAAAUAUAAGUUGUGUUCUGUUGUAUAUUUGAUUUAUCUUUCUCAGAGAACAAUCUUUUAUGUUUUCUUAUAUAUGACUUUGUCUAUAUUAGAUAACCUUAAUUGUUUUUCCAAAUCUUGUUGCAUUGUACACUUGAUCUAACGCUGGUUGUAAUCAUAUCAAUAAACUUGUGCUUAACUA